UUGACUACAAACACAUUUUUCAUUCCCAUGGAUAAGAAGUUUGAAAGAGUUGGCAGACUUGUACCCUAUAAACCUAUGUUGGAAUUAGCCUACAUUUGAAGACGGUGUAUCAGCAUAAAGUGGAAUACUUUCCCAAACCUUAAGGAAAUACUGAACCUCGGAAACGUCUGCAUGUCUCUGGAAUACAAGGGAAUUGCGUGAACUUUGCAUUAUUAAGAACUUUUCUCACACCUCAACAUGUGUGAUAUGUUUUGUAAGUUUAAUGUAAGCUAAAACAUGCAGCCUCUUACAACUUGUUGCGUUUAGUGACUAUAACAUGUCUCUGUUUCUUAGAAAAGUUAAAGAGUUCGUAACGGACCAAGCUAAUUUUAUUUAGUACUUUUUUCUUCUUUUUUUUUUUCUGCAUUUUAAACUGUGAGCCUUUCAUAAGCGGCCCACAAGUGCUUCUUCGACUUCAGUCAUCAUGAAUAUUCCAAGGUGCUUUGGAUUUUUCAAUAUGAUGAGACUUCUGGCGCUGCUUAUACAUGUUUUAUCAACGACAGCAAAGAGACAUGUUGUAUACUGGAACUCAACAAAUGCAAGGUUAACGGGAGAUAAUUACUCUGUUCAGGUCAAUCUGAGUGAUUAUCUAGAUAUACUGUGUCCCCACUAUCCUGCCGGCCACCCGUCGGCUGUCCCCAUCGAGACACUGGCACUCUACCUGGUGGCCGAGGACCAGUUCAGAGGCUGUGUGGAGACUAAAGAGGCCAUUAAGAGAUGGGAGUGUAACCAGCCCUACGCUCCCUAUGGCCCUGUCAGAUUCUCUGAAAAGAUCCUGCGCUUCACACCAUUCUCUCUGGGCUUUGAAUUCCUGCCUGGACAUCAUUACUUCUAUAGCUCACUAUCCGCAGAUGAUGGACCCCCCCUCCCCUGUAUGAAGCUACGAGUCACUGUGUGCUGUCUGCCUGUAACAGCUGGAUCAUCACGACAGGAAGUUUUUUCAAGGCCAGUGUGA